AUGAAAGGCUUUGCUGUAGUCUUCUCCAUCCUCCUUGUCACUGCCAUCCUCUGCACUCCAGCAUCCCCCUCCCCAUAUGCCUCGGACACCACACCUUGCUGUUUCUCCUUCACUUCUCUACCACCUCCCCUGGUCCAUAUCAGAGAAUACUUCUACACCAGCAGCAGAUGUGGCAAUCAGGGUGUAGUCUUCAUCACCCGAAAAAAACAGCAGCUCUGUUCCAACCCUGAGAAGAAAUGGGUACACAAUUACAUCAACUCCUUGGAGAUGAGCUAGAGAGGAGAGCCCCCUUGGUGUGGACAUCCAGCCUCCUCCCUCUUCAACAAAUCAUCCACACAGCUUCCAAAUGGAUAUUCCCAAAGCCCAGGCCUGGCCAUGUCACAGACCAGCUAAAACAACUUUCAA